AUGUCGCAGCACGAAGAAAUCUCCCCGUCAAAGGCUCAGCAAGAGGAGCGUGUCGAGUCGAUUCACGCUGAGGAGGCAGGAAGGGUAUCGGAAGCAAAGCAUAUAGACCGUGGUCCUAAGCAAGACCAGGCUGUUCAGCUGAUCGAAGAUGCCGGCUACUCAACCACAUUGACGCCAGAGAACAACAAGAGGGUGCUACGCGCAAUUGACUUGCGGCUCUUACCCAUUCUGCUCUCGAUUUACUUCCUACAACAGCUCGACAAGUCCACUCUAGCCUAUGCCUCUGUCUUCGGUCUUGUUGAAACGGCUCAUCUUCAUGGCGACAUGUACUCCUGGCUGGGUUCUGUCGUCUACCUAGCUCAGCUGGUCGUUCAGCCCCUGGUUUCGUACCUGCUGGUCAAAGUACCCAUGGGCAAGUUCAUGGCAGUGUCGGUCCUGCUAUGGGGCAUCUCUUUGUCUUGCAUGACAGCGGCAAACAGCUUUGCGGGCUUGCUAGUGUGUCGCCUGUUCCUUGGACUCUGUGAAGCAGGCAUUGCCCCGGCCUUCAUUGCAGUCACACAAAUGUGGUACCGUCGACUGGAGCAGCCUGUCCGACUGGGCUCCUGGUACGCGAUGAAUGGAGUGGUCAACAUGGUGGGGAGUCUCAUAACGUACGGACUUGGCCACAUUCAUUCAUCAGUUUUCGAGCCAUAUCAGAUCAUCUUCUUGUUCUUUGGCCUGAUCACAAUCGGUGUCGCAGUCGCUGUGCUGCUUUUCAUGCCCGAUUCUCCCACAACUGCCAAAUUCUUGAACGAAGAAGACAAAUUAGUCGCAAUCGAAAGGUUGCGAAUGAACCAGCAGGGUAUCGAAAGCCACGAGUGGAAAUGGGACCAUGUGAAGGAGUCUUGCUUGGAUCUCAAAUCAUGGCUGUGGUUCGCUCUGCUACUGGCCAUCUCCAUUCCCAGUGGAGGCAUCUCGACCUUUGGGCCUUUGAUCGUCAAGUCAUUCGGAUUCAACCCUCUCAAUACCAUCUUGCUGAAUGUUCCGUUCGGUGCCGUUCAGCUAAUUGCCACUAUGGGAGGCGCUUGGCUGGCUACUCACUGGAAAAGGAAGGGACCAGUGCUUGCGCUACUGUGUCUUCCUCCAAUUGCGGGAUGUGUCAUGCUACUGCAAAUUGCCCACGAUGCGGCUCACCGAGGACCACUACUCGUGGGAUACUACCUUGUCUCGGUGUAUCCUGGUAUUACACCGCUGAUAUAUUCUUGGUCUGCUGCAAAUACUGGCGGUGAGACGAAGAAGAAAGUAACAACUGGUAUAUUGAUUGUUGGGCAAUGCGUUGGUAAUGUUAUUGGACCCACUUUAUACACAACCGAAGAGGCACCUCUCUAUCGUCGUGGCCUCAUUUCAAGUCUCGCGCUCUUCAUUGCGCUGUUCUGCCUCAUCUGGCUGAACAUGGGAUACUUAUUAAUCUUGAACAGAAAGCAUGAGCAUCGACGCGUAGCUGCCGGUAAGGAUGCCAAAGUCGUGGAUCACUCAAUGAACAAAGUCACAACUGCCAACCCGGAUAAGGCAGACGUUCCAGUGGAACAUGUAACGCAGGACAAUGCGUUCAUGGACCUCACUGACUGGAAGAACGAGGAUUUUGUCUACGUAUAUUAG